AGGAAUCUCUUCAAAAUCGGGAAUGGCGAUCCCAAUAAAUCCCUUGCAUUUCAGGACAUGAAGUAAACAAUGGAUAACUGUUCCGCUGCGUCGACGUUCCUGACCGACAGCUUGGAGUUGGAACUUGGGACCGAAUGGUGCAAACCCCCUUGCUUUUCUUGUGCUUUUGAUGAUAGAGGAGGAGGAAGAACUUUUUCUGGAGAGUCUUACCUUUCUAGCGGAUCUCUUAAGCGGCUAAUUUUGAAUCUUGAUCCUUUACCAACCAAUUUUGAAGAAGAUACAGUGGAAAUUUUUGGCAUUCCAUGGGUUACUGAAACUGCAUUAGUUAAUUCAUCUAGAGAGCUUUUUCAUUUAUUCAGGCAACAACUCUACAACUUGGAAACAUUAUUACAAGCCAGCUGUGAUUUUGGGCAGAUAUCAAUCCUCCACAGCAAAGCAGAUAAUAUUAGGCAACAAUGUGUAGUCUUUCUUCAGUAUAUUAAAGUUUUCAUCUUCAGGUACCUGAAAGUACAAGACACCGAGAGUCAUGUUCCUGUCCAUCCCUAUGAGGCUCUGGAGGCUCAGCUUCCCUCAAUGCUGGUUGAUGAGCUUCAUGGACUGCUCUUAUAUAUUGGACAUCUGUCUGAACUUCCCAGUGUUAAUAUAGGAGCAUUUGUAAAUCAAAACCAGACUAAGCUCUUUCCACCAUCAUGGCAUUUAUUACAUCUCUACUUAGAUAUCCAUUGGCUGGUGCUAGAAAUCCUUCAUAUCUUGGGUGAAAAAUUAAAGCAUGUUGUAUAUGGUCAUCAGUUUAUGAAUCUGUCAGGUGACAGUUUAACCAAUGUCAGUUUAUUUGAAGAACACUGUGAAAACCUCUUUUGUGAUUUAAUAAGCCUGUCGCUCAGCAGGUAUGACAAGGUUAGGCCUUCAGAAGUGUUAAUGAGUCAUCAUUGCCCAUGUCCAUGCCUUAAAGAAUUAUGGGUUCUGCUCAUUCAUCUUCUAGACCACAGAAGUAAAUGGUCACUUUCAGAAUCAUUUUGGAACUCGAUGAAUCAACUUCUUAAAACACUCUUUGAAAAAUCAAGUAACCCAAAACGACAUCUGCCUAUAAUCCAGUGCAGAGAUCCAUUAGGUUUUAGUUGGUGGAUUAUUACUCAUGUAGCAUCGUUAUACCAGUUUGAUCGCCAUGGAGUGUCAGAUGAAAUGAGACAAUUGGAAUCAAAUUGGAACUUUGUGGAAGAGCUGCUGAGAAAGUCCAUCAGUGUUCAGGUGGACGCUGAUGGUAAUGGCACCAUUGACUUCCCAGAGUUUUUGACUAUGAUGGUUAGAAAAAUGAAAGACACAGACAGUGAAGAAGAGAUCCGCGAGGCAUUCCGAGUCUUUGACAAGGAUGGCAAUGGCUACAUCAGUGCGGCUGAGCUACGCCACGUCAUGACAAACUUAGGAGAAAAACGAACAGACAAAGAAGUAGAUGAAAUGAUCAGAGAAGCAGACAUUGACAGCGAUGGACAAAAUAGUUCUUUCAGUAUUUCCUGGCUUCCUUUGAAAGGCCUUGCAAGUAUUUUUAAAUCACCUUUGUCUAUGCUUGGAAUGGUGAAGACCUGCUGUUGUGAUAAGCAGGACUACAGCCUGUAUACAUCAAGCAGCAGUUAUACCAUUUUCCUCUGCAUUUUGGCGAAAGUUGUUAAGAAAGCAAUGAAGAACAAUGGCCCUCAUCCUUGGAAGCAAGUCAAAGGAAGAAUAUAUUCUAAAUUCCAUCAAAAAAGAAUGGAAGAACUAACAGAAGUUGGUCUACAAAACUUUUUCAGCCUUUUUCUGUUGUUAGCAGCUGUUGCAGAGGUGGAAGACGUAGCAAGUCAUGUGUUAGGGCUCCUGAACUUCCUCAGACCUGCCUCCGUAACUUCUUCUCAAAGGGCCCUCAUCUGGAAAGGUCAGAUGGCCUUCCUCUUGAUGUAUGUUCAGAAAGAUCUGGACAUUGGUGUCUUGGCUGAGAAAUUUUCAGGUGCUUUCCGAGAGAAAGCGAAGGAGUUCUUAGUAUCUAAGAAUGAUGAAGUGGGGCAGAAACAUACUCUCUGGACACUGCUUUCCAUCUACAUUGAUGGCAUCCAAGAAGUGUUUGAGACCAGCCGUUGCUUGCAUCCUUCCCAUGAAAAACUGCUAAAUGAUGGAUUUAGUAUGCUUCUGCCAGCUUGUCGAGAAUCCGAGCUUAGGACACUACUGAGCUUUCUACAAGCUGUUCUGGCCAGAGUCAGGAGUAUGCAUCAACAAUUGUGUCAGGAACUUCAAACGGAGAAUGUGGAUCUAAUUGUGCAGACUUCAUUAUCAGCUAAAGAGCGCCACCUAGCUGCUGUUGCUAAUGCUCUGUGGAGACACUUCUUUUCCUUUUUGAAGAGUCAGAGAAUGUCACAGAUAGUGCCUCUCUCACAACUGGCAGAUGCAGCUGCAGAUUUUACUUUAUUAGCAAUGGACAUGCCCAGCACGGCUCCUUCGGAUCUUCAGCCUCAGCCAGUUAUAGCAGUGCUUCGACUUUUUGGUUGGGAUGACAUCAUCUGGCCCCAAGUUGUAGCAAGAUAUUUAAAUCAUGUCCUACAAAAUAGCCUGUUAUGUGACAUGUUCUCUCAUUCAGACUGUGUGUCUUUUCAAGCUUUCACUAUAAGAUCAUGGAUCCGUUGUGUUUUGCAAAUGUAUAUAAAAAAUUUCUCUGUGCCUGAUGAUUUGUUCGUUGAUGUAAAUCCUGAGCAAGAAGUUGAAAGAGAAUACAUGGAACAGUUGAGUGAGCUGACAAGGUUGCUGUUUAAACUACCAGAAGUAAGGAGCAUUUUUUCAGCAGCUCAAGUUGAAUAUUUAACCAGCUCAGAAGACCCUAAAAAAGCACUGGUCCAAUUCUUUGAGGCUGUUGGUAUAACUUACAGGAACCUGCAGACACUGUCUGAUAAAUCUGCCAUGGUCACAAAAUCCUUAGAAUACCUUGGUGAAGUAUUAAAAUAUAUCAAACCCUACUUGGGGAAAAAAAAAUCCAGUGCUGGACUGCAGCUGACUUAUGGGAUGAUGGGAAUUCUUGUUAAAUCAUGGGCACAGAUCUUUGCCACCUCUAAAGCCCAGAAGUUACUGUUCCGGAUCAUAGAUUGUUUGCUGCUGCCACAUGCAGUGUUACAGCAAGAAAAGGAGCUGCCUGCAGCUAUGUUGACUGCAAUUCAGAAGAGUCUUCCUUUGUAUCUCCAGGGAAUAUGUAUUGUGUGUUGCCAGUCUCAAAAUUCAAAUACCUAUUUGUAUCAAUUGCUUGGAAGUGUUAUUGAGCAGUAUAUUGGGCGUUUUCUUCCGGCUUCACCACAUGGUUUAGGUGUUGGACAGCAUCCAGUUUUGCUGGCCCUGAGAAAGUCAAGUACUGUCCCGCUGACGUCAUUCCUAAAGAAGUGCAUUGCGCAAGUCUUAAGGAAGUCCUAUCUUCACUUUAAAGGCACCUCACCCCCUCCUCGCCUCGCACCCAUCUUGGCCUUUAUCCUCCAGCUGUCCCGGGAAGCUCACCCCGACGUGGGUGAGGUGGAAGCCCUUCUCCCUGGAGUCCUACACAGCUUGGUGUUGGUCAGUGAGCCCCAAGUUAAAAGGCUGGCCACAGAGAACCUGCAAUCCAUGGUAAAAGCCUGCCAGGCCGGCUCAGCAGGAGAAGCCGCAGCCCAGCUGACUUCUGUGUUCAGGCAGUUUAUCCAGGAUUUCAGUAUGAGAUACAGCUACCAGGUUUAUAACAUCUUGGAAACAGUAGCAGCGUUGGACCAGCAGGUUGUUAUCCGCUUGGUUUCUACCCUCACACAAUCGCUGAAGGAUUCAGAGUUGAAAUGUGGCCUUGGUAGAAAUAUUGCACAAAGGGAAGCCUAUGGAAAACUUUUAUCUCAACUUGGACAGGUGGGGCAAGAUGAGAUACGGAGAAUGAAAAAUGACAAUAUCUGACAUAUUUGGUGAUUUUUCUUCCUUAUUGAUCACAAUCUCAAGCCACUUUGCACCACUCCAAGUCCUCCUUUUAAUUAAUUGUAUAAGCUUCUUCAUUAAAAGCCUUCCUGGGACUUUUUUUUUUUACCUUAUAUCCAUGUAGGGUAGAAAGUAUACAAAUAAGUAAAUAAAGGUUAAUUAGCUCUGUUACAGGAUCCUUGGAAUUGAAACUUGCUCACCACAGUGUUUACUUAGUUUGUACCAGUUGCUGCACCUCUUUUACUUGGUUGUGAUUUCCUGCCUUGAGACUUAAUUUUCAUGUGUUUACUUUUUUUCUUCUUCCUAAUUUUGUGUUUGUUUUUUUUCUUUCAAUAACAUGUU